UUGCUAAGAAAGCUUAAUGUUUUGGCAUUUGCAACAAAAUAAAUCAAUAGGCACGAUUUAUCAUCAACUCCCCUCCAUUUAUUCAAUUUAAUUUUUAUUCUUGAGAAAAUGAUGUGCGGGUUACAACUUUUUUGACUUAUGGAAUAUACGCAACUGGUAUUUCCUGCUGACUUAUGAUCCGCCAUUGCAGUGACAAUACUAUCAGAAUGGACCAUAUCCCCCGUCUAUCAGAGGUCCUGUAUGUUGGUCUGUGUCGUAAAAUAGGGAAACCGACUGAAGUGGCCAUCAGGAGGGACGUGCUGGACAUGAAGGAGAUGAUAAGCAGACCUGUUGAUAAUUAUGAGGGCAUUGCUGCGAUGAAUAGUGGUAGUUAUAGAGAGGGGUUUAGGUUGAAAUCAUCUGACAUUGAUACAAUGUACUGGUUUUGUCGAUUUAAGCUAAUAACUGACAUAUCUCAGUCCAGAAUCUAUAACACAUCGAAACAUGUUAUCCUACUAAUGGAAGAUUUCGACACACCACCAGGGUUUGUUAGACUACGCCUUCUGACAUCCCCACAAAACAUUUUCACAAUAUCCAUGUGUCUUGCAGAAUUUAAUGGCGGGGUUUAUAUGUCAGGUUCUCUUUGGAGAGAAUUUUAUUUUCAGUUCCACGCAAAUGACAGAUACUUCCAGCAGAAAAAUAUCCGUAACCAUGGUCCAUGUGUUACUGGUGUUGAUGGAACUCUUGAAUUUGAUCAAGCUGCUUGUUUUGCCAGUAUAUAUUGGCCUAAACAGACGAGAGAUUGGUUUGAUAGAUGUCAGAGACACACCUGGCCUCCUGUACUUGUGUUGGAAAAAAUAUUAAGAAAUGGUUUUCACUGUGUGCCUAUUGGAAGUAAAAUUGUUUCGACUUCUAACGAAUUAGAAUGGAGAUUAUCAUUUUCUCAAGCCGAGCAACAUCUAGUGUGCACCAUGAAUCAUACACAAUUUUUAUGUUACGGACUUCUGAAAAUAUGUCUAAAGGAAGUUAUAAAUUAUAGGAAGGAACCCUUGCUGUGUUCAUAUUUCAUGAAGACCACGAUGUUCUGGAUGAUACAACUAGGGCAUUUGAUAUGGCUUCCAAACAGAUUACUAGAUUGUUUCUGGAAGUGUUUUAAAUAUCUUAUUUAUUGUGUUUAUGAAGGAGAUUUUCCUAAUUUCUUUAUUCCACAAAACAACAUGUUCAUAAACAAAAUGGUUGCAGAUACACGUGCCUCUCUUUUACAACAGCUUUAUCAGUAUUACAGAAUGGGUGUGACCUGUUUACUGCUGAGUCCGACUCUAAAAUCAAUACUUGAACCAGCCCUCAGUAGCCCAUCAUUUGUGUUAUCCACUGCCGAGGGAGAAUUUAUAAGUAUUGCAGAUAUAGACUUAUGUGGCAUGACGGAAAUUUUUCAAAUUGUUAUUUAUUGUAAACAUAUGGUGGAUAUUUACCUUUAUUUGAAAUCCAAUGAUAUACUAUCAAGUUUUUCAUGCUCUCCAUACCAAUUACUUACAUUACAGUAUGUUAAAUCUGAUAUACUUGUUCAAUUGGCCUUCACAGUAGCAAACAAUAAUUCAUCUUGCAAAUAUAAAAAUGUCUACAUCUUAGAUCGAGUAAUUUGUAAUGUGCUAAAAUUAGCAGGUAGGCUAGGCCCUAUUUACUCUUUGUUAUUUCUAGCAUUAUAUUACUAUAGAACAGCGAAGUAUGAAAAAGCACUACACAUUAUCUAUCUUAGUAAACAAAGACUGUCAGAGGACAAUAUUAUAUACUUUAAUACUGUCGACAGGCACAGGUACAUUGAAACUGUAGGUAAUCUCCCUUUGUCCAAAAGGAUGAAUAAAGCUUGGGUGGAAAAUAUGAUUUUAAACAACAAUAUUCUAUACAUAGAAGAGUUAUGUUUAGAACAAUAUUGGAGUCUUCAAAACGGAACGCCAUUCUUAAUUUUAUCACCAAAUGUUAUGAUUGAGUUGUUGUCUGUGUUAUCUCACUAUAGACUAGGUAAUAGAUCUCAGUGUUUGCAGUCACUGACAGACCUACAGACACUGCUGCUGUGUGAUGAUAAUGUGUAUGCUCUUUUAGAAACCAGAGACAUAGCAUGGCAGAUACUAGGAAUCUGUCAACACAUUGUAGGAGACUUAUACGGAGCUCUACAAUCUUACGAAGUGUCACUUAGACAGUAUCAAUAUAACAAAAUACAAGAAGCUACAUUGAUAAGAAUUGAGUGUGUAAAAGAACAACAACAUAGAAUUAUGCAAGCGUAGUCAAAGGAAAAGCUGUUGUAUUUCCUUACAUGUUUGUGCUUCAAAAACUAUGAACUGGAUAAUAUUUUGCUACAGUGAUUGUUUGAUCACUUUUUGUUCAAGAUUUUAGAUAAGAAAUAAAAGAUGAACAUUCUUUAAAAUAUUGUUUCACUUCUCAUCAAAUGUUCUUUGUUGAUCUGCAAAUGUAUGUAAAUUUUUAUUUUUUUAGGUCAAUAAUAUCGUUGGGUUUCGUUAUUAUAGAAGUUGCUGAACAUUAAACGUAUAAUAAUUUAAGUUUG